UCCAAGAUGGCGGCCGACCCGGCUGAAAAUCAAUAUGGAAUAUCAUGGCACGAUAGUGCUUGGAUUCCAAUAUUAAAUCCUGAAAAUGUCCUGGAAUAUUUUUCACAAAGAACAAAUCCAUUUUAUGAUAGAACUUGUAAUAAUGAGAUGAUUAAAAUGCAACGUUUAGACUUGUCCCAAUUAGAAAUGAUGCAAGGUUUGGAAUAUAUUGUACUACAUGUGCAAAAUCCAAUUUUGUUCAUCAUUAGAAAGCAACACAGACACUCGCCAAAUCAAGUCACACCAUUAGCAGACUAUUACAUCUUGGCUGGUGUUGUAUAUCAAUGUCCUGAUCUGGGCUCCCUUAUCAACUCUAGAAUGUUAUCUGCCUUGCACAAUUUAACAUCUGCAUUUGAUGAAGCAUUUUCCUAUGCAAGAUACCAUCCAUCAAAAGGUUAUUGGUGGGAGUUUAAAGAAGGUGAUAAUAAAGUUGCACAAGAUGAUGCAAAGAAAAAUAAAAAAGAGAAAUCAAAAUCAGCCCCAAGUUCAUUAUUUCAAAGACAACAUGUUGAUUUAUUGCUGGAGGAACUUAUUAAAAAAUUUCCACCUCAAAGAGUCAAGUUUUCUGUGACUUCAACAGACUCCACUGAGCCAGAAGGUGCCAAAGAAACUGUCUCAAAAGUUGAUGCAUCCAGCAGUCGAUCCUCGCAAGAUGUUGAACAAAACCAAGUCAAACGACCUCCGCCUGCUGAACUUUCUGACAAACCUCCUCCGUCAAAAAAACGGAAAUGACCACAAGUCAUCCUUCCUCGUGAAA